UGAGGACUGGUACCUACAGACAACUGUUCCAUCCUGAGCAGCUGAUUACUGGUAAAGAGGAUGCCGCUAACAACUAUGCCAGAGGUCACUACACAAUUGGAAAAGAAAUCAUCGAUCUUGUUCUCGAUAGGAUUAGGAAACUGGCUGAUCAGUGCACUGGUCUUCAAGGCUUCCUGAUUUUCCACUCCUUCGGUGGAGGCACUGGUUCUGGAUUGACGUCUCUCCUCUGCGAAAGGCUAUCUGUAGAUUACGGAAAGAAAUCUAAACUGGAAUUCUCCAUCUACCCCUCUCCCCAAAUAUCGACUGCUGUGGUUGAGCCGUAUAACUCUAUUCUGACCACUCAUACCACCCUGGAGCACUCUGAUUGUGCCUUCAUGGUCGACAAUGAGGCCAUGUACGACAUCUGCCGAAGAAACCUUGAUAUUGAGAGGCCAACCUACACCAACUUAAACAGGCUGAUUGGACAGAUCGUGUCCUCCAUUACUGCUUCUCUUCGAUUCGAUGGUGCCCUGAAUGUUGAUCUAACUGAGUUCCAGACCAACUUGGUGCCCUACCCCAGGAUUCACUUCCCUCUGGUAACUUAUGCUCCAGUCAUCUCUGCUGAGAAAGCCUACCAUGAGCAGCUCUCUGUUGCUGAGAUCACAAACGCUUGUUUCGAGCCAGCCAACCAAAUGGUGAAAUGCGAUCCAAGACACGGCAAAUACAUGGCUUGUUGCAUGUUGUACAGAGGAGAUGUCGUUCCCAAGGAUGUGAACGCUGCUAUCGCCACCAUCAAGACUAAGAGAACCAUCCAGUUCGUCGACUGGUGUCCCACCGGAUUCAAGGUUGGCAUCAACUACCAACCCCCAACCGUUGUUCCUGGAGGUGACUUGGCUAAGGUCCAGAGAGCAGUUUGCAUGUUGUCCAACACCACAGCAAUUGCUGAGGCCUGGGCUCGUCUGGAUCAUAAGUUUGAUCUGAUGUACGCCAAGAGAGCCUUCGUCCACUGGUACGUAGGAGAAGGUAUGGAAGAGGGUGAGUUCUCUGAGGCUAGAGAGGAUCUGGCUGCUCUGGAGAAGGAUUACGAAGAGGUUGGAGUUGACUCUGUCGAGAGUGGAGAGGAAGAAGAUGGCGAGGAGUACUAAGAAAUAGAUCAAUUGCUGAAUCAAACUAAUUAUCGGAUAAAAAACGUUAUUUGAAAAAUAGUUUUUUAUCUUGACAAUCUUUACCACCUUAUCGGUUAUAAUUCACAUGGUUCGAACUGUGCACGUUAUCGUUAUGCACGCUUUUCUUUCGCCAGAAAUAUCUUUUUGACAAAAGAGUCACCAGUCAUACCCAUUUUAGCAAAGCGCCGACGGAAUAGAUUAUAGAUCAUAACCAGUUUUAUCGUUAAUUGAUGUUUAA